AUGGCGUUCUGGCGGCUGCGCGCUUUGUUCAACUCAGUCCUCGCCUUACAUGCCGUGGCCGAAUGGCUGGACGGGUUCCUUGUACCACGAAGUUACCAGCGCGAAAGUCGAUGUCGGUGGUUGGCACUUCCGUGUGCACUUCACGCUGUCGCUGCCAGCGAUGCUCCUCCUGACACACCGGAAACAGUAUCCGGGGAGUCGUCCGACGAUGGCCGGCAGAGGCCAACGGCUUCGGGUGAUGCAGGCGUGCCUUUACCAGCGUCUAGUGAUGCAGGAGUGCCUUCAACGGCGUCGGGUGAUGCAGGAGUACCUUCAACGGCAUCGGGUGAUGCAGGAGUACCUUCAACGGCGUCGGGUGAUGCAGGAGUACCUUCAACGGCGUCGGGUGGUGCAGACGUGCCUUUUCCAGCGUCGGGGGGUUCCGCGGUCGGCUCGGAUUUGAGUCUCUGUGAGAAGCUGGAGUUGACACGUCACAGGAAGAGCAGAAUCAAACGUACGCUGGCAGCCGCCAAAUGCCGGUGGAGUAGUGCGGAUUCGUAUGUGAGAUACCGAACGGCACAGCGUCGAUGUCGGUCUUCGCGGGCUGGUGCACCAGUGGAACCUCCACAGUAUGAGCAAGAAAGGGUUUAUAGGGAACGAUACAAAGAGGUUGAACGCGCGCAACUGACACGGAUAGAGAGACUCAGAGCCACACUGGCCUCCGUCGAGCAGGAGGAGCGCGAACUGCUUGCAGCCAUCAACAGACAAACAGCCGAUGCAACAGCCGGCGACACGACAGAAGGUGAACCAGGUCCUUCGACGUCGAUGGCUCGAUCGCAGGGGCCGGCAGCCCAGACACUGCCAGAGGUCCCUGGCGUAUCGAUGGAAGUCGCAGCGUCGGAUUCGUCAUCCGACGAUGGAUCGAUUGCUAGCUCCCCUUCAUGGAAGGCGAGUUCGGCAGAGGUAGCCGCGACGCACAGCACAACUGCUGCCUCGUCCGGCCAUGCUGCUCGCGUUCAAGCUCUUGCGGACAAACUGAGUCUGAUUCGAGCAAGGAAGUCAAGCUUGCUCGUGCGCCUGGGUGACCUCAAAAAAGUAUGGAAGAGUGAAGACGCCUAUGUGCAAAGCAGACGGAGGAGCCGAAACAGCCUCCGUGCUCUCAGAGGCUCCACAUCUCUUCAAGAUACUGAGGUCACACCGGAAGAGCGCGUCCGCUAUUCCAGACUGUACAGAGAAGGAGUUGCCGACCACAUAAGGCGUGCCGAAGAGAUGCGAAGGCAGAUUCAAAGCCUAACGGAAGAGGAGCAGCAAAUUGUAUCGCAACUCCGUCGUGCCUCUUCCGACGGGGCGGAGCGGGGAGCGACCGAGGGCCAAGGCAGCAGUGUAGGAGGAGCAGUCAUUCCUGAUGUAGCAUCCGGUCUCGAUGACCCAGAUGGGAGGCGCACUGCUGAACAGGUGCCAUUCUCCGAGCCGACAGCCCCGCAUGAACGUGGCGCCGCCACUGUGCGGUCAGUGGAGCCUGCCGUGCUGUUGGAUGCCUCUCUGUCAUCUAUGCCGCAGCCAGAUGUGGGCGCCUCCACAUGCCUCUUGACUACCAGCAUGGGCGACGCACCUGGAUAUGAUGAACCCCCGCUCUUCGAACAGGUCGCAGCUGCUGGUACUGCUGCGGAGCAUUCAGAGAAUGAUAUUCCUCUGGACGUCAUCGAUUUUGUUCUGUCACAUACCACCCCAUCAACGAGCGCCGGUGGUGAUAUAACUGAUCCGCCAAAAGAACCCACGUGGCCGUGCAUUCAGGCGUGGAGUCCACCAUUGUCGGCCGCACCAGUCAUGCCAGUUGAGCAGGAAACGAGCCGCGCCCCGAGCGUCCCGCAGCCUGGUCCUUCCGCCUUCGACAUGCCCUCCAUUUCUGCAUUCUGUGCGCGGACGGAGUCGUCGUCACUUGAACAUCGGACCAUACCACCACCACCACCCGGAUCUGCCCUUGAGUAUUCCGUCAUCCCUGAUCCUGCUCCUGACCAACGACACAGUUUCACCAUCAGUGAAUCCCGUCGACAGAGUGAUAUGGGGGCUGCCGGACCCGUGUGGCCACAUACGUCGACGCACCAUCUAGCUCCAUCAGCAGAUGCGCCGAGACCUACCAGGUACGGGCCACCUGCUGCAAUCGAGCUACAGCCAUCCUUGCAUCUGCAUGCACCAUCGGACUCCCGAGCUGCUCUCAUGCUCACCACCCUGGUUCCACCUUCGGACCCUUACGAGCCCGCAUCAGCCUUUCUCGGGCACUUCCCUGGCGCGUCGACGGGUUCACAUAGUCAACUAUCAUGGGCGCACCAGACAGGGCAGAGUGGCCACUCCCCGGCAUCAGCUGAUGACAAUGGAACCCCAUCGACAAUCGCUCCGCAACACGGCACAGGUGAGCGGGCACGCCGUGGUUCAGUCCCGCGCGAUCGUGGAGGUUGACAACAGACAAAAUACGCGCACUCACAUCGUGCUGAAAUAACAGCCGAUUCCGCGUGAGUGUGUCACCUUGCAGUUGUUCAGGGAAUGCAAACUGAUGUAGAAUCGUCAUGCCAUUUCGUCGUUUA